AUGCCGAAGAAAGAGUGCCUAUGUUCGCUACUCAUACUCGUCUGUUCGUGGUCUUAUGAAGGUCUUGUUUCCGCCCGUCGGUGUCGGGCCUUGUCAAAGAAAGACGGGAUGAGCCACCUCCAUGCGCGGGUUCUUUGUAUGCGGCAGGGUGAUCUGAGGAAACGUCAGGUUUGCGGGCGCGACAGCCCUGGAAGGAGAACGUCAAGAAAUUUAGAUUCUCAUCUGCCGGAUGGUCGAUGGUCUCUCCGCGCCGUCUCUAACAAGAUCAAGCCAUGCUCUCCAUGA